AUGGAACCACCAAGAGCGACCGCCCGGCUCCUAACGAGCGAGGAAAUGCGCCAAGGUCUUGAUGCCUUGGACGAAGAGAUUGGAAAGAGUGAAUUGCUGAUGAGCGUGGCCCCUAUCCGGCUCAUUACUGUCGGCGGCUCCCUGGCUGUCCUGCUUUGCGGCAACCGAACCUCGUCUACGGAUAUCGACUGCAUCCUAGACCCCCAGGUGGCCGAAGAUAGCGACUACGCCGAAGAAUGGAGCAAGGUCGUGGCGACUGCCGCGGAUGCGGUCCACCUAGAGGACGACUGGCUUAACGACCAACUUGGCAUCUUUGUCCGCCGAGAUAAGCGCAAGAUGCUAUUCCUAGAAUCCGUCCAGCAAGACAUUGCCAUUUACGAAGGGAAGAAUGUGGUUAUUUAUGCUGGACGUCUCGACUGGGCACUAGAGCGUAAGAUUCGGCGAGUCGCCUAUGCAACGGAGCGUCGGCAGGUGAAAAAUGUCGAUACGACGGAUGCCGCGGCUAUUAUCAAGCUGAUGGUAAGCCGAGUCGACUACCCUACGCCGCUGAGCUUUGAAUUCAUUAGAGGGUUAAAUUAUAAUGGGUUUGAUGUUGCGCCUACAGACGAGGCUAUCCGAGAGGUUGCGCGGUACUAUAAAGAAACAUAUGGUGAUGAUGGCAUAAUUGAGCAAUAA